GAUGAGCGAUUGAAAAGAAACAAAAAGUUUUCUCCUUCAUGACACACAACGCCAGAGAGCAUACUCCUUUAUGUUAUAGGACCAUUUCUUACUCACACACUCAGUCCCCACCAUUAGUGUCGUCACCAUCCUAGCUGAGGCCUCUCACCAUGUUGCUGAGGUCACAGCCUCUCUUGUGCCUUUAGUUAAAGGGCUUCAUUAUUAAGGUGCAACCCCCAGUUCCUUGAGCCAGCAACCCUAAUUAGCCUGGGUCCUCCACUGAAGGACUUGCCUUUCACAUAUCCUUAGCUCACCUUCAAGAGAGAAGCUGCCCUCCACUCCACAGCCUAGCCCAGGUCAUCCAUUAGAGCAACCCAUUAACCAGCUCAGGGCCUUAACUGGGGGAUUACGCCACUGUUCACCGCUCUUGCCAAGAUAGAAUACAACUGAGAACUGGAGUAGUGGGGAGGGAUAUGAAUGCGGCUGCUAUUAAUAAAGACUGUGUGUGUGUGUGUCUCUGUGUGUGUGUGGGUGUGUGUGUGGGUGGGUGUGUGCGCGUGUGUACAUGUAUCUGUGUUUAUGGUGUUUGUCUGUGUUUCAAGGAGCAUAGACAAAUUCAAGAAGAGGGCUAUUAGCCAGGAGGAGUUCAGGGCCGCUGUGGAGAGCAGGUUCGGCCUGGAGAUCUCUGAGCCCGAGUUUGAACAGCUGCUGGACAGACUGCCGCUGGACGCCUACGGAAACGUGCAGUAUCCCAUCUUCAUGGCCGCCUUCGAUACGAGCCGAGGAGUUCCCAGUCUUUUCCAGGCGCAGACCACCGAGGAUUGUGGGAAUAGAGAUGGUGUCAUGGAGGAGGGGGUUCGGAGCGUGGGAGAGGACAGAGGGAUGUUGGGACCGCGUCGGAGUGUCAGUCAGCUCUUCCACAUCAUCAAGCGUUUGGUGACGGAGCAGUAUCAGGCAGUGGAGAGGGUGUUCCACGAGCUGGACGAGAAGAACACAAGACGCCUGACACAGGAGACCAUGUACCAGCUCCUGAAGAGGUUCCUGGUCCACCCUGAGGUGACUCGUGGGCAGAUUCGGCAGCUGUGGGGCACCCUCAUCACGCAGCAGGACGGCACCCUGGACUUCCUGCAGUUUGCCCGCCACUUCGGCCCCUCCCCGAAGUCCUCUUGCUUCCCAAAUGCCAAGCGCUGCCCACCUCAGCGUGGAGAUGAGAAUCUGCGCCAGCGCUCCAAACGCCUCACCUGCGUAUCCGACAUACUGGGCAAUGCUGUACGCGCCAAGGUGGAACAUUCAAUGCCUGAUCUGCAGAUGGAGUUUGAGGAGAUGGACCCAUACCGCACUGGCUUUGUGAGUCCAGAGGAAUUUAAGGAAGUUCUGAUGACGCUCUGCUCUCAGCUUGAUGAAUACGAGUGUGAAGUCCUCGCUAGGAAGUUUGACGUCAACAGAGACGGAAGGGUCUCCUACAGCGAGUUUCUGAGGCCCUUUGCUGGGCAUAAGCAGGCGUGGAGGAAUGGAUCCAACAUGGCUGCAAUCCUGCAGUCGCACGGAGAGAAUGGGGAUUUGGCUGAGGGGAAGAACACCACCAAAUUAGGAUCCCUGAAUGUCAGGCUCAGGAAGAAGUCUCCCCAGCUCCAUAGGAAGAGGCGUACCCUGCGGCGUGCGUUUCUCCGUCUGGACAUGUCCCGCUCUGGCCUCCUCUCCGUGUCAGAGCUGCGGGCCGUCCUGAUGCUCUGUGGGGUCUUGCUGGACCAGGAGGACCUCUACCAGAUUCUCUCCCGCCUGGACCAGGACCUGGGAGGCCGUGUGGACUACCGCUCCCUCCUACAGGAGCUCUGCAAACCACCGCUGCAGAGAGACCAAUAGAAGUCAAAGCGUUUCAGUGGAUAGGAUCUUAACUGGCGUCUGUGGGUCAUUGUAACCAGACCGCUAUGUGUUUACUGUAGCAGUUUGGUUUUUAGAAUUACUGAACAAAACUGUAGUGUUUGAGGAGGCUACCUUGACCAUGUGCAAGUCAGAUCAGAACCAGUUUUCACUUUUUGUUUUGUAGCUUAGCACUGUUAUCACAUUCCGGGACAUCUUUGCAGAACAGUCUGCGUUUAUAGCAGGAACAAUUUUUAAAUGUAACAGUGGGAGACGUGAUGAUGA